UUCAACAUUUGCAAUCAGUAAAAAAAAAUAUGAAAAAAAAAACUAUUAGAGCUAAACAAGGAAUUAAACGAUUGAAGAAUAUUUUAAGUGAAGUACAGAAUCAAAUGAAAAAUUGUUCAGAUACAAUUAUUCAACAAUCAUUGGAAUCUGCUGGUAUAAAUACCAACCAAUGUAAUUUAAUAAAAGAAAUUUUUGCAGCAGCUAAAGUGAAAAAUCCAAAAGGACGCAGAUAUAGUGAAGACUGGAUGAUGUUAUGUCUGUUAUUCCAAAUUAGAUCACCAAGUGGAUACAAGUUUUUAAAGGAUCAAAACAUAUUACCAUUUCCCUGUGUCAAUACAAUUAGGAAACAUUUAUUAGCUAUGAAAAUUGGUUGUGGUUUUGAUAUAAAUUUUUUCAAGCUAUUUAAAAAAAAGUUUUCUGGGAAAACAGAGUACCAGAAAAAAGGAAUUAUAGUGUUGGAUGAAAUUUUCUUAAGAACAAGUAUAGCUGUCAACAGUAGAACAUUAACAUAUUCUGGUUUAGAAGAUUUUGGAGAUGACGAAGACAUAAAAACCAAAAGUACAGAUAAAGCUGAUCAUGGACUGGUCUUGAUGUGGCAAAGUUUAGCUGAAAACUUUACACAACCGAUAGCAGUUUUUGCAUCAAAAGGACCAGUCAAAGGAAUUGAUUUAGCAAAAUUAGUCAUAAAGGCUAUAUUGUUACUUGAGGAUGCAGGUGGCCAUGUGGUUGGACUGACAAGUGAUGGAGCCAGUACAAACCGAUCAAUGUGGAAAGAAUUAGGGAUAUGUCCGGACAUUGAAGGAUUUAAAAAUUUUUUUGAAAAUCCUUAUGACAACGAUCGUAAGGUUUUUGUCUUUUCUGAUGUACCGCAUUUGAUGAAAACAAUACGAAACCGUUUACAUUCAAAUAAACAGUUAAGGAUUAAUUCUUCAAAACAAUAUAUUAAAUGGAGUGAUUACUAUAGUUUGUACUUGAAUGAAUCUACCUCACUUUUGAAAGUGUGUCCAAAAUUGACAAAGCAUCAUUUUGAACUUAAUAACUUCACUAAAAUGAAAGUUAAGUAUGCCACCCAGGUAGGUAUAGUAUCAUAUUGGUAAUAACUAUAAUAAAUGUUAUGAUAUCAUUAUUUUUUUCUAGUUAUUUAGUUCUUCUGUUGCAGUAGGGAUGAAGUUUUAUAGGGAAAGGGGUACAAAAAAUCUAAAAGAUUCCCAUGAAACUGAGAUAUUUACUAGGCAGUUAAAUGAUAUGUUUGAUUGUUUAAACCGCCGAUUUCCGGCUGAAGGAAUUCGGAAAAAUAGCACUGAUUUACAGGUUUUUUAUAUGUUGCACGAGUGGCUUGUAAAUUUGUGUUAAAGUAAAAUAUUUAAAAAAUUACAUAUUUAAUGUUGUAGGCUAGUCUUAAAUGUGUGUUUUACUUAUAAUUACAGGGUUGGUAAUCUGUUUUAAUUAACCGCAUGUAAAUGUUAAUAAUUAAAAAGAAAUUGAUUUGCCUAAUAAGUAAUAAUAUAUUGUUAGAUGUAUAUAUCUCAAUGUUUAUUUGUUUAGAUUUUAAAUAUACCAUUAACAUUUAAUGUAUAUUGGAUUUAAUUCUAUUAAGGUAAUAUAUGUUAUUGAUGUAAAUCUAAGUAUAAGUAAUUAAUGUAUGUUAACGCCGACGUCCGACAGGUAUACCUAUAAUACAUUUUGAUUCACACAAUAUGUCUUUUAUAAUUAACAGAU